AUGUUCCCAACGCCUGCCCUCUUCAUCGUUGCUGGACUGACGGUAUUACAAGGCGUUCACGCCCAGCUGACCACCGCGACUUUGUUGCCUGGUCUUCCUGACGUCGGCCAGCCCUUUCAAGGAGAGAUCCUAGGUACCGGUGCUGGCGAGACGACUUAUGCUAUUUCAGAAGUUAUCUCUGGAACUCCCUUGACUGCUACUCUGGUGGAGGAUGCCACACAUCUAUCAGAAAAUGUUGCCGUCAGCACGGCAGGCGCAUUAGUAGAUACCAAUUCGGAUUGUAGUUUGAACGAGAACCACGAAGGCGCAUGUAGUGUCAUUGUGAGCUUCAGUUCUGGUAGUGUCCAAGCUGUAACAUCCGCAGUUUUAUCUGCAUCGUUCUCAGAGCACACAGUCGAGUUAAAGACUAGUAGUUCCAGUUCCGACGUUGCAUUGUCCCGUGCGGCUUCAUUCUUUGCCUUUAUACCACUCAUUUCCCUCGGUUUGGUAUUCUGGUGAGGAUCAGAAUUGCAUCAUAUGUUGAAAGGGUUGUUCUCCAGAUAUAGUAGUGUUGUAGGU